GCUCCUCCAUUCACACCGAACCUUUGAGAUGAAUUAAAGUCAGACACCACGGGAUCAGGGGCAAAGUUUGGUAAAAAAAAAAAACAAAUGGACAGGAGAUUGCUGGUGGGAAAUGGGCAUCAUUUUUGCUUCAUGCUGAGUAAAGAGGUAUGUUUAAGGUAGUUAGCGAAUCUAGGACAGAAAACCAACAACAAGACUUAAUCGGACGAAGAAAUCAAUCAUCAUGGAUCCGAGCGCAGACGAGUACAACACAGAUGGUUCUGGUGUGGAGGACAUGGGAAGUCAGAUCAAUGGACUGGUGGUUCAGAUCAUGGAGACCAUACCGGUUCUGCUGGCGCGGAUCAGGCAGAAGGUUCUGGAAGUGGCUAUUUUGAUCUGUGUUAUUCUGCUGGUGUUCUGGGUGGCUUUGUUUCUCUACGGCAGCUUUUAUUACUCAUUUAUGCCCACAGCGAAUUACAUUACACCUGUCUACUUCUCCUACAGAACAGAUUGUUCAACCCCUCAUCAUGCUAUGUGCUCUUUUCCCGAGGCUAACGUCUCUCUUCUGAGGAAUGGAAAACACCAGGUAAUGACAUAUGGUCAACCCUAUCAGAUCACACUGGAACUGGAGAUGCCAGAGUCUCCAGCCAAUCAGCAGUUGGGAAUGUUUCUUGUAGAAAUGUCACUGUAUACUAAAGCCGGUCAGAUUAUUGACAUAUCUGCACGUUCUGCAAUGCUCCAUUAUCGCUCCUCUCUGCUUCAGGCUAUGGACACCAUGAUAUUUUCCCCAAUGCUGUUAACAGGAGCGUCCGAGCAGAAGCAGUCAGUCACUACAGAGCUUUACUCAGAGUUCAGAGAUGAUUCUUAUAAACCCACUAUUGGUGCUGUUAUCAGGAUCUAUUCCCAGCAUAUUCAAAUCUACAGAGCAAAUCUCUACAUCUUUGCCCACUUCACAGGCAUCAGGUACCUGCUCUAUCAUUUCCCUCUGAUGACAGCGAUCAUCGGGGUGAUGAGUAACUUUGCCUUCCUCAGUUUCAUCAUCGUUCUCAGCUUUCUACAGUUCAAUCUGGGUGAUCGCAGGUCACCCGCAAGGACGGGCAAACAAGAGACAGGUUUUUCGUUUGAUUUGAAUGAAGAUGAAAAUAAAGAAUCAGAAAAACUGAAUGAUCAAUCUGAACCUCAGGAUGAGGGAAAUAGCAAAGUGUAUACAGCCACUACAAAAUGCUUGUUGGAUUCCCCCAUUAUAAUAAGGGAUAUAGACACCACGGAUCGCAAUUCUGAGGAGACGGAAGAAACCAUUCUUGAGACGGGGGUGGAUGAUAGUGAAAACUCUAGGGAACCGGAGGAGGAUGAACCCGUUUGUACAUUUGGGUCGGGGGAAAUAAUUUUAAGGCAAAGACAUUUGCCACCUGUGAUUGUACAAUCAUCUCAGGCAUUAACAGACACUGAAGAUAAAAACAACUAUGGUGUUGGUUCCUGUUUGAGCUCCUAAUACCAAAAAACAAACUUUCUGCUAAAAGAGGGUGAAGGUUAUGAAGAGCAAAGGCCAUCUGCUGGACUUCAUAUGUUUUUUUUUUUUUUUUUUGAAAAUGCAAAACUAAUAGCUGUAUUUUGUAUUCAUGUUCUCCAGUUUAUUUUUGUCUGCUGACAGAAUUUUUAGCCAAGCACAUUUUACUUUUAAUCCAUCUAAACUUUCCUUUGUUGCUGAAUAUUUAAUAUUAAUGUAUACAACAUUGUUGUUGUUGUUGUUUUUGCAGCUGCAUACAAUGAUACUGUGCUGAUAAAUAGCCUUAAUGGAAAAUGUUAUUUGGUUAUGGCUUAUGUUUGGAAAGCAACAGAUUAAUUUGCAUUUAUUUCCAUGUGUGCCUCUCUGGAAAACACACAACCCAACCGAGAGAUAUCCACUGAUGCUGUUACAAUUCCUUUGUAUAUCACUUUAUUAAAAGGUUUUGUGUGCAUGUGCGCACACACGCACACAUGCAUGCACACACACACACACAUGUGCGUGUGUCCCUGCAUGUUAAAAUUUCUAGUUUAUUAUUUUUUCAUAUGUUCAUCAUGCAUCCUUACUGGAAUAUGAUGUUAUUCUGUCCUGACUUGCUGCAAUAUGGUUGUCUUAUGUACAGUCGAAUAAAUAGUUUAACACCAUA